AUGAGCAGGACCAGCACUCUGCUCAGCCUAGAGAAGGAGGCAGGAGCCAUCAAUGUUUGCUCUGACAGCAUGGAGGCUGCUGGAGAUGCAAAACAGGUAGGGUGCGAUGUGAGUUCGGAUUCUGGGAGGUGCCCAGCAGGGCUCGUAGCGCAAUGGCAUUGAAGGGCAGGAGGUCUCACGUUUGAUUCCCCAGGAUCUCUAGUUAAAGGGAUCAGGAAAGGACUCUCUUAACUUCAGACCCUGGAGAGCCACGGCCAAUCAGAGUAGGCAUAGCUGGUCUAGAUGGACAAUAGGUGUUGAACCAGAACAAGGCGCCUACGUAUAUACAUAUGUGUUGCAGCAGAGUGCCGGUCACUAAUCACAAAGUUCAAAGACGGAGUUUACAAAAACAUGAUCUCCACAGACCUGUGGAGUGUCAGGCCUAAUGAGCAGAGCAGCUUAUUCCUCCGUCCUACUCCGUUAAAAUCAGCUGCCGAGGCUGAAAGUCCACUGCCCCCCAGAGCUUUUUCUCAAGCAAUCGGAGUCUGAACCUGCGUGCAGUCAACCUCUGCUCUGCCCUUUUCAUGCCUCUCCUUAUUCUGGGAGACAGGAGGGAGGCAAGCUUGUCGUAGCAUGAGGGGGAGACAAUGCAUGAUGGGUGAAGGGUGGGCUGGUGGGCGCUGGCUGCUUCCCUCAAGGAGGCAGGGAUGAGUGCAGGGUGGGUGGGCAAUGCCGAUCCUGCCUUCUCCCUCUCUCUCCCUCCACCCCUGCAGAGGCAAUGCUGUUGCUGGUCUUGAUCCUACCUUCCCUUGUCAGAGACCCAGCUCCUUCUUACCUCCAUCUUCUUUCUCCUCCCCAGCACAUCUCUCUCUCUCUCCAAACCAGCUGGGGUGGGGAGCUCUUUCGUGCCUGGCUUUGGAGUCAUUGUCUUUCUGGCUAUUGAGGAACGUGCUGUGCUUGGGCUGCCUUGGGCCCGGGAUCAACCAAGAUCAACCCCCUGAUCAACUGAUCAAUCAGGAUUGGUGGGUUGGACGUGUCUGAUACAGAAAUUACAGUUUGGGUAACAAACGCCUUUUAAAAAACAGGAGGAGGAGCAUCCUUCAAAGACGGUGCCUGGAGUGAGAGGCCCGUUAGGCCAGGUGUGAUUUCCUUGCACAUCAGUGGGAAUGUGCCCAGUUGAGGGUCCCACACUUUAAAGAAGGAUAGGGAGAAACUGGAAUGGGUGGGGAACAAUCCGACGAGGAAAGGUCGGAAGGGAGAGGAUAUGUUAACCUGACCUGGGUAAAAGAUGCCCGCUUGCAGGCAGAAGUUCCCUCCCCUCUUCCUAGCACUGCUCAGAGCUUUUCCCUCUUCCUCCGCAGUUCCCCGAAAUAGAUAUUGGCGACUCUGAGGUUGUGUGCAGGAGGACCCCAAAUGGGAAGAAUCCCCUCGCCCCCCAGAGAGACGCAGGCCCGGACAGCCCCCUGAGCUUAGACUACGAAGCCUACGAGAGCGACACCUUGGGGGGCUCUGGACACCUCAAGGGGGUACGUGGCAAGUCUCUGGUGGCCAAUAUCCAGUUGAAAUAUCUGGCUAUACAAUGUGAGAAAAAUGAGGCUGGACUAGGCAGAUCUUUCCUAUGAGUUAUUUAGGAAAUAGAGACCCUCUGAGGACAUCUUGGCCUGCUCUGUCCUUCAAACUUCUUCACGUUGCUAUUUUUGCAUUGUUUUUGUCCCACAGCUUCAGGAUAAGGAAGAGGCGUCCUUCCAGGACCCAUCUGGCAUCACCCCAGAAGAUAUUAGCAGACAAGGCAUCACCCCGGAAGAUAUUAGCAGAUAAGGGCCACCCCACAAUAAUUCGGCCAGGGAUGCUGUGGAGGGGCUGUGACUUCCACCUGGAGGCAACACAGAAGAACACCUGCAGCCAAGAGUGAAUAACGCCAGAAGUGCAUAGGGAUUCAGUCCUAGGAACUCCCUACCACUAGAAGUGGUGAGUGGGCAGGCUUGGGUGGCCUUAAAAGGGGCGGAAGACGCUCAUAAGCUGGAGGCGGUGGCCCCUUAACUAGGGUUGCUAUAUUUCAAGAAGGGAAAAAACGGACACCCAUGCCAAUGGUGCCCCUAGUCCGGAAUCCUGUUCUCACUGUGUCCAGCCAGAUGCCCAAAGGGGGAACCCCCAAGCAGGAUCCAAGCUCCCAAUACGUUUAGGAAUAAGGACUGAAAUUUAAAUAGAAACACAACCCAUCGCUCCACAUUAAGGAGGACUGAGAACUAAUACAAGGUUGUUACUUAUUAGAUCAAAAAAAGGAGAAUGAUUUCAUUUCUUGCUUAACAAUUAUGGUUUCCACCCAUCCACAAAUAAAUACAGAGGUGUGGUUGUGCAUGCCCCAAUCUCCCAGGGUUCCAGGUGCUUACGUAGGUUCGGUUUCUUUGGACUGAAGGUCAGCGGAGACUGUGGUGUCUUCAGGGUACAUGGUUUUAUUUGCACAAGUACAACCUGAACCCUCUUGGUGCCUCCAGGACAAAGAGGGUGGGGGCCUCAGGCUGGGCAGGAAGAGUAUCCCCCUCGCAGAAGGGCAGGGACCCCACAACAGCCCUCUGUCGCCUCUGCCACCGGCCAAUGGGAGCAGGAGGUGUCCCCAGAAGAGGAAGCAUGGAGGGGACUCAGAGAAGGAGCAUGAGCAGGCCACAGCAGUGGAGCUGCAGCCGUGGCUGCAAAACCAGUGCUCUCUGCCCCCCAGCCCAGAGGAGGAGGCAGGAGCCCUCAAUGUGUGCUGCAAUAUCAAGGAGGCAAUGGUAAUGGCUUGGAAGGGCAGGAGGUAAACAAAAAUACAGUCUAGUGGUGAUACAAUUGAGUGAGUGGUUUUUUAAAAAAAAGAUAUUUCUCUUAGGUUGCUUUUGGUUCAGUAUUUAUUUUGUAAGUUGUCUGUUUGUAUGUGUUUCCAGGUGGACAGGAAGAUUACCCCUCCUGCAGAUGGGCAGGGACCCCACAGCAGCCCUCCAUCGCCAAUCAAAGCAUGGAAGUGCAAAAGAAGAAGAAACCUCUUCGAUGGUCAGAUGAGCAGGACCCGCACUCUGCCCAGCCUAGAGAAGGAGGCGGGAGCUGUCAAUGUUUGCUCUGACAGCAUGGAGGCUGCUGGAGAUGCGAAACAGGUAGGGUGCAAUGUGAGUUCGGAUUCUGGGAGGUGCCCAGCAGGGCUCGUAGCACAAUGGCAUUGAAGGGCAGGAGGUCUCACGUUUGAUUCCCCAGGAUCUCUAGUUAAAGGGAUCAGGAAAGGACUCUCUUAACUUCAGACCCUGGAGAGCCACGGCCAAUCAGAGUAGGCAUAGCUGGUCUAGAUGGACAAUAGGUGUUGACCUAGAACAAGGCGCCUACGUGUGUACAUAUGUGUUGCAGCAGAGUGCCGGUCACUAAUCACAAAGUUCAAAGACGGAGUUAACUCUUUAUUAGCAAAAAACACAAUCUCCACAGACCUGUGGAGUGUCAGGCCUAGAGCAGCUUAUUCCUCCGUCUUACUCUGUGAAAAUCGGCUGCCGAGGCUGAAAGUCCACUGCCCCCCAGGGGCCCCCCCAGGGCUUUUUCUCAAGCAAUUGGAGUCUGCACCUGCGUGCAGUCAACCUCUGCUCCGCCCUUUUCAUGCCUCUCCUUAUUCUGGGAGACAGGAGGGAGGCAAGCUUGUUGCAGCAUGAGGGAGAGACAAUCGCGAGUCUUCCCCAGCCGGACUCAUCUCUGCCUCUUGGCCUCCCUCAUCCCACUCUCCCGCUGCAGCUUCUGCCUCUAUUGUGGAUUUCUCUCUGCCACAGACUCUCCCUGCUCACUAAGCCCUGUUACCUCUCCAGCUUAAGACACCUCCUCUUCCCAGUCUUCUCCCUCUGACUACUGGCUGCCAUCCCACCCCCACUCCCUGGGCUCUGAUUUUUCUUCUCUUUGGCAUUCCCCAGCUGGUUCCCCCAAUUAAUUAAUUAAUUCGUAAUGAUCAUGGCAGUUUCCCAGAAUCUGGAUGUGACUUGUUUGCUUUUCUCGCAGAUCGGGCUAGAGACGGAAAGCGGAAUAAAGAGUCCCCAGCGGGAGUCAUCUGCUCGGAGCCGCACCUCAGUCAAGGAGACUCCUGGCACUCCAUCAGAGCCCCACACGACCCCUCACACCUCAGUCUCUGUUCCCUCGUCUCCUAGGUCCGGAAGGUCUUCAGGAAAGCACCGCCCCAUCGGCAUUGGUGCAACCCAGCCAGCAGUGGGGCGCAAGUGGGGAGCAGGCCUCUGGCCAGGUGGCUGAGACGGUGAAUUGGCCAGCACUGCAGUUGCGUCCACCCACAGCCAAUGUGUCCCUGGCAUGUCGUUGCUUCCAGGAGGAACUGGCCGGCCUGUAUAUCAAAAAAGGAGAUAUAAGCAGCACCACCACCACCACCCAGGAACCUGCAGAAAGAAGUUGUGACGCACGAUCGGUCACACAUGGGUUUUCAUUGUUUAAUGUAGAAAUUACCCUAUUGGCCCGAAUAUAAGACACACUUUCCCCCCAAAUUCUGCCCGGGAAAAGUUAAAAGUGUGGCUUAUAUUUGCGACCUUACAAAAAUUGGCCUUGCCUUCUAAGCCCAGAAUGGAGAGCGCCCAGGAUGCUGCCACAAGGGCCAUUGGGUGUGCGGGACAAUGGCACCCCUCCCGAGACUGCGGCUCUCAAGCCGCUGAAAGAAGCGGGAGGGUAGCCGGCCAGUACUGGCCAAUACAAUACAGCCUUUUAAAAAACAGAGGAGGGGCUUUACUGAUGGUGCCUUUACUGAGGUGCAACUCCGAGCAGAUGACCUCCACUGCGGACUCUUUUUCCAACUUUGUCUCUAUAUUUAAUUUUUUAAUUAAGUUUUUGAAAAAAAUUAUAUAUAUGAAACAAAACCAUUUCAAACAUUAAAAUACAGAGGGGGUGAGCUGCACCACCUUGCCCCUUGCCCCUUCUUUUCGGCAGCUUGGGAGCCGCGGAUGGGACGGGGACCAUAGCUGUCUGUUGGUAACAAAUGCCUUUUAAAAAACAGAGGAGGAGCUGCAUGCUUCAAAGACGGUGCCUGGAAUGAGAGGCCUGUUAGGCCAGGUGUGAUUUCCUUGAACUUCAGUGGGAAUGUGCCCAGUUUAGGGUGCCACACUUUAAAGGAGGAUAGGGACAAACUGGAACGGGUGGGGCACAGUCUAGGUUGGAAGGGAGUGGACAUGUUUAGCCUGGCCAGGGUAAAAGAUGCCCCGCUUGCAGACAGAAGUCCUCUGCCCAACCCACCCCCAACGUUAAUCUAAGGCUGCCAGGGUGCCCAAUUGGUGGUGCCCCUAGACAGGGCCUCUUUGGUGGCGGCUUCCUGUUUGUGAACCACCCUCACUCAUGAGGUGCAUCCAUCUCCCUCGCUAUUAGUUUCCAGGAGAAAUUUAAAAGCAUCCUUGUUUAAACCAGGCAUUUGGUAGCGUAAAGCCCAGUCCCUGGUACGACCCCCUUGUGCCUGGCCUGCUCCUGCUCCGAGCCCCCUUGGUGCUCCCUCUUCUGGAGACAGUUCCCGCUUGUGUUGGCCACUGGUGCCAGAGGGCUGCCGUGGGGUCCCUGCCCAUCUGCGGGAGGGGUAAUCUUCCUGUCCACCUGGAAACACAUACAAACAGACAACUUACAAAAUAAAUACUGAACCAAAAGCAACCUAAGAAAUAUCAUUUUUUAAAAAAAAAACACCACUCAUUCAAUUGUAUCACCACUAGACUGUAUUUUUGUUUACCUCCUGCCCUUCCAAGCCACUACCAUGAGCCCUGCUGGGCACCUCCCUGAAUCCGAACUCUCUUUGUCCUGGAGGCACCCGGAGAGCUAGUGACAGGGGAACUAGAGCAGGGGAACUCGAGUCUCCAGCUAGAGCAAGUCGAGCCAGAAGAACUCUCCUGUGCAUCAAAGCUCAUUUCAUGCCUCACGUUCUUUCCUGCCCCAUGAAUGGCCUGUGCUCACCUGACAGCUCCUUGACAGGUGUCUUGGCCAGAGGAGGAGCCCUCAAGGAAAAGCAGGCCAGAGACUGCAGUGCCACAGAUUGCUCCAAGCAAGCAACUUGCUCCCGGAAGGACUGAGGCCCUUUCAUACGCUGCUUCUGGUCCACCCCACCUGGGCUCCACCCCUGCCGCUGUCAAACAGCUGCAGACUUGUAUGGAGUGACCCUUGGGGAUUUUUGUAGCCACAACUCACUGGAACUCCCAAGCCAAAAGGAAGGGGGGGGACCCGCUGAUUACUUUGAGAGGUUGGAACGUAAACAAUCCAGUUUUCAAACAGGUCUCCCAGUUCCUCCUGGAAACGGGACAUGCCAGAGUCAUGUUGGUGGCCGUCUUGGGUCACCACCAACUGGGCACCCUGGCAGCCUUGUGUUAACCUUGUGGAUUGGGGGGUAGCAUGGGUGGAGGACUUCUGCCCGCAAGCGGGGCAUCUUUUACCCCGGCCAGGCUAAACAUGUCCACUCCCUUCCAACCUAGACUGUUCCCCACCCGUUCCAGUUUGUCCCUAUCCUCCUUUAAAGUGUGGGACCCUAAACUGGGCACAUUCCCUCUGAUGUUCAAGGAAAUCACACCUGGCCUAACGGGCCUCUCAUUCCAGGCACCGUCUUCGAAGCAUGCAGCUCCUCCUCUGUUUUUAAAAGGCGUUUGUUACCCAAACUGUAAAUUCUAUAUUAAACAAUUGAUAAGGAAAAAUCCUGGGGUAUGGAUUUACUCCUCUGCCCAGCUCGUCGGGGUGCCACUCCCCACGAGUCCCUCUGGUCAGCAAAAGAAUUUUGGAGAUUAUUUGAUUCUGUAUUGGAUAGUCAGAGGAAACCAUACGGUACAUGGUAUCCGCUUAUUGCUACAAUUUUAUGGACUGCUUUUCUGAACCUCUUUGCUGUUGUGUAUGUUAUGGUGCCUGUGUCAUUGUCAAUUGUCCUGGCCUUAGUUUGAGGCUGCGGUGGGGUCUUGGGAUUUUUGCCCCAUUCCUGGUUUUAACACAAUGAAAACAAAUGUGUGACUGAUCAUUGUCCUGGGUGGUGAUGCUGCUGCUAAUUGCUUUUAGGAGUUGUUAGCUGGUUUUAGAAUAAUUUUAAUUUGGUGGCUUUUGUUUUGUUUUGAAGUUUCAAUUAUAUUGUAUAUGGUGUUCUUUUCUUUUUUUUCAUUCCCUUUUUCACAUCAUAUUUUACCUGUACACUUGAAAUUAUAUAUACACAUUGCUUUUUAUCUUCAAUAAAGAAUAUAGAAAUAGAUAGACUGAACUAUAACAAUCUGGUAAUGCUUAUACGUUCUUUUUCCAGUGGGUUUUUCUUUUGAUAUUGUAUUUGGAUGUUAUUUUUCUUUUCUUACCCUCCUUUUCCACAUCUUUUUUUACCGUGUGCACUUACAAUUACAUACACAUUAUUUUCAUCUUCCAAUAAAGUAUAUAAAAGAAAAAAAGAAAUAAAUUGAUAAGCAAUAAAUAAUGGCCUGUAUCCCUACAGAGCCAUUUGCUCUCUCCAGGGAGAGGUGAGAUCCUGCACUUUUUGCAAACUGAUAAAUCCAGCCUUCUAAAACUAUCUAAGCAAGCCAAGUGAUCUGGUCAAUAAAUAACAAAACUGCAGCCUGCUGUUUACAUAUUUAUUCGUUGUUUUUUUUCGCCCUGUAGGGUGGAGUUCAUUUCGACAUUUCUACUGGCUGCCUGGGUUUUCUUUGCGGGGGGGGGGGGGGAAUUGCCUCAGUUGACAGCGGUUUUCCAUUUCACCUCUCGUCGUGGAGGCACACUUUGGCUCUACAAAACAUCUGUUAAAAAAACAAGAACGAGCAAACUUUCCUCUGGACCGUUUUAUUUUUCUUUUGAACCUUUAAAGUUUCAAGACUGGGAGCCACACACAGGCAAGACGCCCAGGUGACCUGCGGCUGGCAAGUUUCGCUGGUGGAGGGUUUCAAUGCAUCCCUCGCCUAGGGAAGCACAGUGACUGACAGGUGCCCAUCUAGGUAAUCAGGUGCCCAGGAAAAGAAAGCUAAUCUCUCCGGUUUCAAUUGGAAAUGGUGACUUAACAUAUUGCAAAGCAGGCAGGGGAAACCUGAACCGGCCACCUGGGCGGCUGCUAAAUCAGGAGGGCGAAAUCAAGGCUUCUUGGUUGACAGGGAGCAGCAGGGUGGGGAAACUUGGGAGCAGAAGGGAGUUCUCCUGGCCUGAACAGGAUGCGACCUUGUCUAUGCAUGAUCCCUUAACCAUAGCAGAGCAAUGAAAAUCUUGCAAAGUUCAUCUUGCAGAUGGUUAAAGUUAACUCAGUUGUUUCCUUGUUUAUUAAUCACAAUGUAAAUACAGUGCCACUUAAUUGGUAAAAAAACCCCACACUGAGCUUUUUACAGUAUACAAUAUAAAAAAUACAUAGGAAAAAUACCGAUGAAAUCAAACUUCUAAGGACUGGGUGUAAAAUUUAUCAGAACCUAGCUUGAAAUUGACAGUUCCAAAGAAACGUACAAAAUAAAAUGGUUAGAGGGCUCCUUUUCUGGGAGCUGUUCCCCUUUUUGCUGUGAUCCAGAUGGGAAGGCCAGAAAAGGGUGAAAUGGAAAGAAGCUGCGGCUUCCAAAUGCCCCGGUGCAUGCUGGGAGUACUGUGGCUAAGGUCCUCAGUUUCCCAUGCUCAUGCCUACAGCUCCCAUCAUGCACUGCUGAUGAAAGCAUCAUGUGAUCUCUCAGUUGCCGCCGCUGCUGCUGCACCACACAGAAUGCAUAGGUCUUCCGAGACGUCCCCAAAUGAGGGAGAGGCAGGUAUAAUUACAUACCCUCCCGCAUUUCUCGGAUGCAAAUAGGGACAUCCUAUUCCAUAAUCAGUGCUAUUUUUCUAGAAAAGGUGCCGGAACUCACCAUGUACACCUCCCUUGUUCUCUUAUGAUGGCAACGGCCCCCACCUGAGAAGUGCAGGAACUGAGUUCCGGCAAGUUCAAGCUGAAAAAAACCCUGUCAAUAGAAGAAGAAGAAGAGUUUGGAUUUGAUAUCCCGCCUUUCACUCCCUUUAAGGAGUCUCAAAGCGGCUAACAUUCUCCUUUCCCUUCCUCCCCCACAACAAACACUCUGUGAGGUGAGUGGGGCUGAGAGACUUCAGAGAAGUGGGACUAGCCCAAGGUCACCCAGCAGCUGCAUGUGGAGGAGUGGAGACGCGAACCCGGUUCCCCAGAUUACGAGUCUACCGCUCUUAACCACUACACCACACUGGCUCAAUAAUAAUAAUAAUAAGAAGAAGAACAACAAUACCCCGCCAUCUGACUGGGUUGGGUGGUGUCAGAGACCAGACAGGAUUAGAGCUCUGAUGAGGAAUGGUGGAAACCUCCCCUUCUCCCUGCUCUUGACCAGGAUCCUGAAGCUACCCAGGAACAAUGGAGCAGCAUAGAUUUAGAGAACUGGUUUGCAGAGGGGCAUAGUUCAGAAAGCAACAGCUGGGCAGAGCUGAGUGGGGAACAGCUAGGACAGGGGUCAGCAAACUUACUGCGCCUCGGGCCGGUGUCUCCAGUGCUGAUUGCAUGGAGGGCGGGGGAGCGCGUGCCCAUACGCGUGCGCACACGCUAUUUCCAGCGCACUUCCGGGUCGGAGGAACACUGGAAAUAGCUUGUGCGCAUGUGCACGGGCCUCCUCCGACCCGGAUGUGCACCGGAAAGAACACUUGUGCAUGCUCAAAUAAUGCACAUGCACACAAGCUAUUUCCAGUGCUCCUCCGACCUGGAAGGGGGCAGUCACGCAGCGCGGCACCGGUAAGAGCGGGCGGUGGCAGCGGGUGUUGCUGCGGGCCGGAUAAACGAAUCCCUCGGGCCUUAUCCAGCCCGCGGACCUUAGUUUGGGGACCCCUGAGCUAGGAUAAGCAGAACAGGAAGAGAGAGAUAACUGACUCCCCUUCGCUUGAUAGUGUCCAGCCUAUCUCUCCAAAGUCAUGGAAAGCUGAUAAAGUUGCUAUGCAGAAGGCUCAGUGGUUGCAAGAUCAGGUUGCAAGAAGGGGAAGUGACGAUGACUCGGAGGGGGGGAAGGAGGAGGAAAACUUAAUUGGGAGCACCUGCGCUCCAAGAAUAAUGGCUGCUAUGUUCUUUUGCUGUGAUCAUUAAAUGCUCUUAAACUGCUAAGGGACUCUAAUUGCUUUGUUCUGCUGAUGCACGGCCAAAGCGGGGGAAGAACCCAUUUCUCCGAAGCCUGAACACACAUAAAAACAUAAUAAAGCAUCAAACAUAUAAAAACUUACUUAUACAGGGCUGCCUUCAUAUGUCUUCUAAGGCUUGUGGAGUUACUUAUAUCCUUGGCUCGGGUUGCAUAACUCCCUACCCUCCAACAUUUCUCCACUGAAAAUAGGAAUAUUCAAUCCAGUGGUACCUUGGUUCUCAGACGCAUUGGUUCUCAAACCCCGAAACCCUGGAAGUAAGUGUUUUGGUUUUCGAAUGUUUUUCGGAAGCCAAACGUCCAAUGUGGCUGUUGGCUAUUGUUUCCGGGGCGCCUGCACCAAUCAGAAGCUGCGCCAUGGUUUUUGAACAUUUCGGAAGUCAAACGGCCUUCCAGAAUGGAUUAAGUUUGGCGCUUUUGUUUUUGCUAUUUAUUUUGCAUUUUUGUUUUUGAGGCUUUUUUGGUUAAUUUGUUUUUGUGACUUUGUGGAACCCAGUUCAGGUACUGAUUGACUGAUUGUGUGACUGCGGAAAUGGAUAAAAGCCCCCCAUCAGUGAGUAUCAUCAGUUCAUCAUGGUAAUUUGCUGUUUUAGGGGUUGUUUUUAAAAGUCUGGAACGGAUUAAUCCGUUUUGCAUUACUUUCUAUAGGAAAGUGUGCCUUGGUUUUGGAACACUUUGGUUUUGGAACAGACUUCCGGAAAGGAUUAAGUUUGAGAACCAAGGUACUACUGUACCCUCCAACAUUUCUCCGAUGAAAAUAGGGACAUCCUAAGGCAGGGGUCAGCAACCCGCAGCUCCGGAGCCGCACGUGGCUCUUUUACACCUUUGCCGCGGCUCCGGGGCGGAUACUAGCGAGGGGAGGAGGCGCAUUGUGCGCCCCGACACUCCCCACUGUGGCAGGCGCUGUACUGGCUGUGACGUCGCAUGGGGGCGGUGCGUGCGUUAGUCACGCACCGUCCCGACGUCACCUUCCCGCCCACCCGCCCGCUACAUUGUAAGGGGCAUGUACGCUGGUCACUGUUUUGAAGGGGAGUGAAGAACACACACACACAAAAAGGUAACUUGUUAAUUUAACGUUUAUUUCUAUGAGGAGGAGUAAUUCUGAGGGGUCAAACAAAGAAAUAAUAAAAAGUGACAAAAAAGUUAUUUUUAUAAUGAUGAGUUUUGCGGCUCCCAGUUUUUUUUUCUUCGGAAACGGGUCCAAGUGGCUCUUUUUGUCUUAAAGGUUGCAGACCCCUGUCCUAAGGAAAAGUGAGACAUUCUGGGAUCAAAUCAGAAACCAGGAUGGCUUCUGUAAAUCCGGGACUGUCCCUGGAAAAUAGGGACAUUUGGAGGGCCUGUAAUUACGUAACUAGAUGGCACCCACAAUCACAUUUUCAGAACACAGAGCAGCAUAUUGCCUGAGAAUAUCAGGGACGGAUCUUCCAGACGUGCUGAAUGCUCUGUGAAAAAGAGACGGCCUCGCGUGACAGUGUCAACAAUGGUCUCAAACCCUCCCACUCUCCUUUAAAGGGUGGUUUGUUCUCAUGCAUUUAAGGUCUCAAAUACAGUGGUACCUCGGCAUGCGAACGGGAGCCUCGUUCACAUCCUGAAUAGAAUAUAAGACGCGACUGUGUGUGCACCGGUCGUAUCUCACUGCUUCCGCGCAUGCACGUGAUGUCAUUUUGACUGUCUGCACAUGCGCAAGAGGCGAAACCCGGAAGUAACGUGCUCUGUUACUUCCGGGUCACCGCAGAGCGCAACCCAAAAAUACUUAACCUGAAGCAUAUUUAUUCCAAGGUAUGACUGUAUAUAAAUUAAACGUUCAUCAGUUUACAAGGCAAACACAUACAUAGAUAUAUAAACCACAUGUCUGUACAUGAAAACAGUCCUAAAGCCAUUUUGACUCUUUCAGUGACCUCAAAUAUUCCUCUGCAGUUUGGAUGGAAAUAGGAAAAGCCUCCUCAUUGUCUCUGUGCUCACAAAUCCUGCCUUAAGGGCACAUUUGGGUAUGAAUUAGGGUAUGAAUAGGGACGCAGGUGGCGCUGUGGUCUGAACCACUGAGCCUCUUGGGCUUGCUGAUUGGAAAGUCGGCGGUUCGAAUCCCCGCGAUGGGGUGAGCGCUUGUUGCUCAGUCCCAGCUCCUGCCAACUUAGCAGUUCGAAAGCACACUAGCACAAGUAGAUAAAUAGGUACCAUUCCGGCAGGAAGGUAAACGCCGUUUCCGUGCGCUGCUCUGGUUUGCCAGAAGCAGCUUAGUCAUGCUGGCCAGAAAAACUGUAUGCAGAGAAACACCGGCUCCCUCGGCCAGUUAAGCGAGAUGAGCGCUGCAACCCCAGAGUCGUCUGUGACUGGACUUAACUGUCAGGGGUCCUUUACCUUUACCUUUAGGGUGAGCCCAGGUACAGUGGUACCUCAGGUUAAGAACUUAAUUCGUUCCGGAGGUCCGUUCUUAACCUGAAACUGUUCUUAACCUGAAGCACCACUUUAGCUAAUGGGGCCUCCCGCUGCUGCCGUGCCGCCGGAGCACAAUUUCUGUUCUCAUCCUGAAGCAAAGUUCUUAACCCGAGGUAUUAUUUCUGGGUUAGCGGAGUCUGUAACCUGAAGCAUCUGUAACCCGAGGUACCACUGUAAUGCAAUCAGUGACCAUUAACAGGUUUCCUGCCAGACAGGAUUUCUGCUGUAGACCACCCCUUCUGUGAUGUAUGUAUGAUGUAUUGAGGGGUGGUCUUGAGCUACAGUGUGUGUGGGGGGGGGAGUCUAUAUAAGGGCUUGGCACACCAUUGUUCUGGGUUCCUCCUCCCUCCUGCGUGUGGUGAGUGAGAACCCUCUUGCAACUGUUUAAUAACGAUCAGGCUUACAAAUCUUGUCUUAAGGGCAUAUUUGUGUAUGAAUAGGGUGAGCCUGUGACCUGGAUUCAGGAAUGAAAGUAUUAACCACCACAAAAGAAUGGCCAGGCUGCCCAGGUAGAGCAAUCAGUGGCCAUUAUCAGGUGUCCUGGCAGGCAGGAUUUCUGCUGUAGACUGCCUCCUUCUGUGAUGUAUGUAUGAUGUUUCAGGGGGGUGGUCUUGGGCUACAGGGUGGGCAGUUUCCAAAGUCUAUAUAAGGGUGGACACACCUUGAUUCUGGGUCCUCCUCCUUUCCUGCGUGUGAAGGGGGCACCCUGUUGCAACAGAUCAAUAAAGACCAGGCUUACGAGCUGCUUUGCUUCUCAAUACUCUCUGGUUGACCUCUGUUAUUUUCUCCUACUGAUAGGGAACCCACUUAAGGACUCUUUACGGGCUCUUGGAUACCCCAGAAGAGAAAAAGGGCAGAUUCCCUGGGGAUGGGAAGGCGGUGUGUGCAGUCCCAGAUUCAGUCCCCAGCAUCUCCAGUAAAGGAGAUGUGAAGGUUUUCCCUGAACAGAAACAGGCACCCAACUCCAUCUAAGACACCUUCAUGCAUUCUGAGUGGCAGCAUAGCGCAUGCCGCUGGGUCAGAAAUAGAAACUAUAAGCAGCUCACACAAAAAGUAGACGUUAGAUUAACUGUGCUGUGCAAAGAGGUCCUUCCUAUUUAGCCUGUUGUCUGUCCUGAAUAUUAAUGAUUGCUAAGCUUCUGAUGUGGUGGGGGGAGACCCCAAUUCUGGUAAAUUGUAGUGUGCAAAUUGCGUAGGCGUAUUCAAAAUAAGCAGAUCUAUCUGGAUAAUUUCCCUCCACUUCCACUGCGCAUGACAAAUUCUGUUCAAUUGACAGAACAGCGUGAUUUACUCAGAACAUGAGAGCGUCCGGUGCCAACACUAGAGGGUGCUGUCUGCCUAUUUAAUUGGAAUCAAAGAACCACGGAAUUAUUGUUAGAAGGGGCCAUAAGGGUCAUCUAGUCCAACCCCCUGCAAUGCAGGUAUCUGAAGAAGGACAGAGUUGUUUUUUCACUUGAUUUGCUUUUUAAAUUUCCCCCCGUUCCAAUCCGAACAGGAACUUUGACGUGAUCAGAGAACCUUGAUUCUGAAACUGUAGCACAUGUAUUUCUAAUGUAUUCAUUGCUUUGGGGUACCGGUUUCAAAUUCUGCAGAACUCUCCAUCAAGGAAGAUGUUGCAUGACCCAGUGGGUGGUGGAACAAAGGGGUAGGUGGGUAGAAAAAUUAGAGUUCAUUUCUUAACCCUAUGAUCAGCUUGUUGCCUUUGGGAAGAGCAGCAGCUCAUAGAAUUGUAGAAUUGAAGAGUCGCAAGUUUGAUAAGAAUUUUAAAGUCUUAGAUAUAUAAUAAAUGUUCAUCAAUGUACCAACCAAGCACGUACAUAGAUCAGCACAGGAAGACCGACCUGAAACCAUUUUUGAUUCCCAAACUGACCAAAUGUUUUCUCUGCAAGGUCAAAGGAAAAUGGAAAAGCCUCCCCAUUGUCUUUUCCUUCACAAAUCCUGUCUUAAGGGUAUGUCUGUCUGUGUUUGAAUAGGGUGAGCCUGUGACCUGGCUCAGGAACUAAGUAUUUGUCAUUACAAAAGACUGGCCAGGCUCCCCAGGGUAUCCAAUCAAGUGAGCAUUAACAGGUAACCUGCCAGACAGGAGGUAAACAAUGCACUCAGAUUUCUGUUGUAGACCGCCCUUUCUGUGAUGUAGGUAUGAUGUAUCUGGGGUGGUGGUCUUGGGUUACACCCCUUCUGUGAUGUAUGUAUGAUGUAUGGAGGGCUGGUCUGUAGCUCCAGGGCAGGGACUUUAAAAUGUCUAUAUAAGGCCUUGUGCGCCAUUGUUCUGGGUUCCUCCUCCUUCUCCUGCAUGUGAGGGGAGCACCCUGUUGCAACAGAUCAAUAAAGAUCAGGCUUACUAGCUGCUUUGCUUCUCAGUAUUCUCUGGUUGGUCUCUGUUAUUUUCUCCUACCAAUAGGGAACCUACGUAAGGACACUAUAUGGGCUCUUGGGGGAAUCACAGGCAGAACAUCUCUAGGCAUGACUGGGAACGUUCCCGGCCUGAGCACCUCUGCCAGUCAGUGUUAUACAUCGUUGAGCUAGAUAAUGGCAGAUUUUCUUGUUCCUAUUUAAAUCAGAUCUUUAUUCAGGAUCAUGAGGACUACAGCCUUGCUUUAGCUUUUUGACACCCUGCAGAAAGACUGGAAAUUGAAUUUUAAUAUAAGCAGCUGUGUCAACACUGGUUACGUUUUAAAGAACUCCUUUUAAAUGUUGCAUUUUAAAUUGUUGUCACCCUUGGACCUUAGGAUGAAGGGCAUAUAAUAAACUAAAAUAAGUAAAUAAAUUUGAAGGCUGUCAAUCACUCAUGUGAAUGUAUUUCCCAUCUUGUGUGUGUGGAGAGAAAGAGAGAGGUGUAAGUUUUAUCCAUUUUUUUAUUUUGCAAUGUUAACGGAUGGGGGGGAAUUUUAAUUGUGUUUUCAUGAGAAACUCUCCAGUGACUUCUCAAACCCACCCACCAACCAGGUUGUUCUCAGAGCAGACCAUUGAAACGAAUGGUUCACAGCUAGUUGAGCCAGUUAAGUUCACUUAGCCUGCUCUGAGUAUGACUAAUGUUGCACACAAGCCAAAUAUCAUUUGACAUUUGCAGAUCUCUUGAUUUUCCUGUGCAGUUUUGCAACCGGUGUGUACAAAAUGUAUUUGUUUGGGGGGAAGUGGGUUGUAAUCAAUGCUCUUCCUACUCAGGGUAGACCCAUUGAACCUGAUGGAUAUUACAAUCUGGGGUCCAUUCAUUUCGAUGGAUCAGCUCUGAGUACACAUAGAGAUACCUGCAUUAGUGAAAGCUACAUGCAUUAUCCCGGGACGCGGGUGGCGCUGUGGGUUAAACCACAGAGCCUAGGGCUUGCCAAUCAGAAGGUUGGCGGUUCGAAUCCCCGCGACAGGGUGAGCUCCCGUUGCUCGGUCCCUGCUCCUGCCCACCUAGCAGUUCGGAAGCACGUCAAAGUGCAAGUAGAUAAAUAGGUACCGCUCCGGCGGGAAGGUAAACGGCGUUUCCGUGUGCUGCUCUGGUUCGCCAGAAGCGGCUUAGUCAUGCCGGCCACAUGAUCCGGAAGCUGUACACCGGCUCCCUCGGCCAAUAAAGCGAGAUGAGCGCAUCAACCCCAGAGUCGUCCGUGACUGGACCUAAUGGUCAGGGGUCCCUUUACCUUUACAUGCAUUAUCCUUGCUUGCAAAACUGUGUGCAUCAGUCAAAAUCUGUGUACUACAUGAGAAAUUUCCACGAAAAUUAUGACAAAAUUACCACGAGGAUGCUUUUAUUUUAUUUUUAUUUUUAAAGUGGGUUCGUACCCAGUGGCAGUCACACUUUGCCGUAGAUCCAUUUAAAUUAAUGGACCUGACUAAUGUAGGUCCAUUAAUUUGAACAGGUCUGCUCUGAGUGGAAUGUAGAGGGUGACAACCCAAUAUAUAUUUUAUUUUUAUUGCAUUCAUAUCCCACAUUUUCCUCCCCAAGGAGCUCCAGGUGUCGCAUGUGGUUCUCCUUUAACCCCCCACGACAACACCCCAUAGCUGUCAACUUUUCCCUUUUCUUGUGAGGAAUCCUAUUCAGAAUAAGGGAAUUUCCCUUUAAAAAAGGGAAACGUUGACAGCUAUGCAACAGCCCUGUGAGGUGGGGGCGGCUGAGAGAGACAGUGACCACCCCCAGAGGACAAACCCAGUCUUCCUGGCCCUACGAGGGGGGGGGAUUCGAAUCCACUCCCAGCUCAAAACUCUAACCGCUGCACUGGACCAGCUCUUAAACAACCACGGAAAUGGGGGAUUUGAGACAGCAAAAACGAGAAGCCAAGACGUUGAAUGAACGGCUCCAAUACGAAAGAAACCCCUCCCUCCUGUGCCUUUGUCCUUUGCCACCCCCUGUCACUUUUCCCAGACCCUCCAAGUCCCAGAUUUAUAGAAGCCAGGGCCGUCUUACCCAUAGCUGCUAGGGGUGCAGGGCACCCGGGCGCCAGGCCUGAGAGUUGAGUCCGGGGAAAAGCCGGCCGUUGAUCGGAGCGCCACAUUGGGCUCUUCUGCUGCGGACAGCUCUGUGCCAGCAGUUUGGGGGCAACUGAGCCAGCGAGACGUCCUGAGUGCCUGGGACUGGGCAACCGGGGGGGGGGGGGCGCUGGGCAGAUCUUUGCACCCCGGCGCCACAUAUGCUUAAGACAACCCUGAUAGAAGCCGUCUUGGUUUCUGGUUUGAUCCUGGAAUGUCCUGCUUUUCCUUAAAGGUAAAGGGACCCCUGAUCAUUAGGUCCAGUCGUGGCCGACUCUGGGGUUGCGGCGCUCAUCUCACUUUAUUGGCUGAGAGAGCCGGCGUCCAGCUUCUGGGUCAUGUGGCCAGCAUGACCAAGCCGCUUCUGGCGAACCAGAGCAGCGCACGGAAACACCAUUUACCUUCCUGCCGGAGCGGUACCUAUUUAUCUACUUGCACUUUUGACAUGCUUUCGAACUGCUAGGUUGGCAGGAGCAGGGACCGAGCAACGGGAGCUCACCCCAUCACAGGGAUUCGAACUGCCGACCUUCUGAUUGGCAAGCCCUAGGCUCUGUGGUUUAACCCACAGCACCACCUGCAUCCCUCCUUGCUUUUCCUUAGGAUGAUCCUAUUUUCAUUUGUUGGAGAGUAGGGAGUUCUUCGACCCUUGAGCCAAGGAGAAAAGUAACUAGACAACCUUUAGAAGACAUCUGAAGGCAACCCUGUAGAAGGAAGAUUUUUUUAAUGUUUAUGUAUUAUGUUUUAGAAUAUGUUGGAAGGAGCCCAGAUUGACGACUUCUUCUUCUUCUUCUUCUUCUUCUUCUUCUUCUUCUUCUUCUUCUUCUUCUUCUUCUUCUUCUUCUUCUUCUUCUUCUUCUUCUUCUUCUUCUUGACAUCCCGAUUUUCAUUGGAGAAAUGUUGGAGGGCAUGUCUUCCCCACCCACCAGGGCAAAGCCCCUUGCCUUUCGAAAAACGAAACUGCAGCAAAGUCCCCGUCAUUGGCUGGAAUUUUCCUCGGAAGGGAAGGACACCUGUCGCUGUAUAUUUCAGCUGUGCAGAGAGAGACAUACACACACAGAGAGAGAGAGAGGGCAGGAUUGAUCCAGGCGACAAUCUGAAGGCCAGACGGCCGGAUUUAAAGGACCUGGGUAUGAACUGCAUGCCGUCUGUCUGUCUGUCUGCGUCUUAGCACUCCCAGCUUCUGGUUUCUGAACCGCGUCUGUCUGCUUGCAACAUUCCCACGAACUUUCGGCCAGCCUGCCUGGAUCUCCCAGAGAUUCAUUUUCCCCUUUCGCUGGCUUGCGAUCAGCCUCUCCGGCUAGAUUCCAGCUGGGCCGUCUUCCACGGGUCGCCCGGGAUGGGGAAGGAAACUAUUUUUGGGUGACGCUUUGAUGUUGAGUCAGCAGCCGUCGACGCAAAAGCCCCACACCAGCUCCCUGGGAGCUGCGGCGAAGGCUGCUCCCCAUCUGAGAAAUCAAUGCAGGCAUGAAGCUGGCAAGGUAUCUAUAACUAUAGAUUGCACUCUGUUAUUAUUAUUUCCAUUUUCUGAAGCAGGCUAACCUCAACAUGUUCCUGGCCCAGUAACCAUCGACAUUGGGAAGAUCCAGGCAAAGAGUGUAUUAACUUCUGCCCGCUGCCAAACCAGUGGUUAUUGAUGAAUGAAAUCAAUAGAUUAAUCAAGACCAUCACCUUUUACCUAUGCCUUGAGGUGAUUUGCAGCUGAGGAACAUCUGGCAACUUCGUUAUACAGCUUUUGGCAAAUGUUGAGGAAUGCGCACCUCUCCAACCUGCUUGAGCGGUGUAUUUUUAGGGACCGACUUAUUUCUGCAAUGUUGAAUUGUUUCCAAUUGCUUUUAAUGUUGUGUUCUAAUAUUUAAAGUUGCGUUGUAAUUGCUGUAACGCUCCUGGGACCUUAGGAUGAAGGGUGAAUAAUAAUAAUAAUAAUAAUAAUAAUGGCCAGUAGCGUUCUUCUAGAGAGAGGUACCAGAACUCGCCCUUGUUCUCUUAUAAUGGUAAGAGAGGUGCCGGGUUCAAGGUGAGGGAGUCAGGGUGUUUUACAACAUUCAAAAGCUUGAUCCUAAAAAACCAUGUAAUAAUAUAAAAGAAGGAUUUGGAGGGAGUUUUUAGCUUGCGCAGACACCAAGAACAUUUAAUGCACACAUGUGUGCAUACACACUCACACCCAGAUCAAAGAAUCUUGAGAACUCUGAUUAGUUACCGUAUUUUUCUGUGUAUAAGACGCCCCCUUAAUUUGGGUACUCCAAAUUAAGAAAACACCCCCUCAGCACUACCUGUGUAUAAGACGAGCCCCAAUUUUAAACAGAUUUUUUUGGUAAAAAAACCCCUAGUCUUAUACACAGGGAAAACCGGUAAGUUUGCUGGGAACCUAAGCACCUCUGUGAGGAGUAAGCUACAGUUAACAGGAUUAUUGGUGUGUGUGUGUAGAAAUGUGCUUUACAUAGUCUAGCAAAAGUGUGUUGAUGUGAACAGGACAUUUUUCCUACAAAGAUAGGAUAAAUUGCUUUAUGCUAACCAAUAAUUAAUUCUGAUGCUCAUAUUUCAAAUCCUGCUUGCGUUUUCAUCUCCACAUGGUACUGUAGUUCUUUAAAUACUCAGUAACAGCUCUCCAGUCAAGGAAUUUAUCCUCAUUUUGGUCUCUAAUCUUUGCUGUUAAUCUUGCCAGCUCCGCAAACGCCAUCAUUUUCAAAAGCCAGUCUCCCUUUGUUGGAACCUCCUCUUCUUUCCAUCUUUGGGCAUACAAUAUUCUUGCUGCUGUCGUUGUACACAUAAAUAAGGAAGUUUUUAAUGUUUGAUGUCUUGUGGUGUUUUUAUGUUUUGCUGGAAGCCACCCAGAGUGGCUGGGGCAAGCCAGUCAGAUGGGCAGAUAACAACAACAAUAGUAAUAAUAAUAAUAGUAAUAAUAAUAAUAAUAAUAACAGAGUGGGCUCCAUGGCCCAGUCAGGAGCACAGUGAGAUUCUCACUGUGGAAUCACCUGCAGCUGAAAGUCUGCCAGAAUCCAAGAUUGAGCGUAUACAGGGAACGUCUUCUGCUAAAUGAUCAAAGGUGUUUUGUUGACAUCUGGCACAGAUCCAAUUAAAUGAAUAUUAAGUAGCAUAAGAAUGUGGUUUGAUUGAGGACUAGAGUCUUGCGCCGUUUUUUGUUUUUUAAGAGGAAAGGCCAUAACGCAGUUGUUGGACGCCUGCUUGGCAUGCAGAAGGCGGCAGGUUCAGGCCCCGGCACCUCCCGGCAGAGCUGGGGACGGGUGCCCACCUUGAAAUCUCAGAGAGCCCCUGUAGGUGAUGCUGAGCUAGACUGGAAGAGCGCUCUGACUUACAGAGUCAUAUAAUCAUAGAGUCGGAAUCUCAUUUCUUCUAACUUUAAGCCAAAGAUUCGAGUCCCACCCUCCAGAACAGCAGAAAGCAAGUUUGCUCCCUGUUCCAUGGGGCAGCCAUGGGACUCAGCAGAAGGCAGCUCAGAAAUUAUGUCCGUCCCACAAGCUGAAAGCCUUCCCACCUCCGGUUUUCUUAAUUUCUUUACAGUGGUACCUCAGGUUAAGUACCGUAUUUUUUUGCUCUAUAAGACUCCCUUUUUCCCUCCUAAAAAGUACGGGGAAAUGUGUGUGCGUCUUAUGGAGCGAAUGCAGGCUGCGCAGCUAUCCCAGAAGCCAGAACAGCAAGAGGGAUCGCUGCUUUCGCUGCGCAGCGAUCCCUCUUGCUGUUCUGGCUUCUGAGAUUCAGAAUAUUUUUUGUUUUGUUUUCCUCCUCCAAAAACUAGGUGCGUCUUGUGGUCUGGUGCGUCUUAUAGAGCGAAAAAUACGGCACUUACUUCGUUCCGGAGGUCCGUACUUAACCUGAAACUGUUCUUUACCUGAAGCACCACUUAAGCUAAUGGGGCCUCCUGCUGCUGCUGCGCCACCGGAGCACGAUUUCUGUUCUCAUCCUGGAGCAAAGUGCUUAACCUGAAGCACUAUUUCUGGGUUAGCGGAGUCUGUAACCUGAAGCGUAUGUAACCCGAGGUACCACUGUAUUGCCCUUUUGCCAGGCUGCUCAAAGCACCAUGCAGAAUCUUCACCCCUCCGUGUUUCCUUCUCACACAACCACCCUGUGGAGUAGGCUAAGUUGAGAGAGACAACAGACUAGGACAUGGGAGGCCUGAGUUCGAAUCCUUUGGGAGCCAGUCACUGCCUCCCAGAAUAACCUACCCCGUUGUGAAGGGAACAACCAGGUGCGCCACCUUGAAAUUAUUGGAGAAAAAGCUGGCAUAUAAAUGCAAUCAGUAAUCAUAAUAAUUGAAAAUCAAUCAUUUGGAUUGUUGGAAUGGGUUGUUGGGUUUUUUGGGAAUUGCCCUUCUCCAAAAACAUCUCGUAAAAGCAAAGUAUUUUUUUGUAAUACAGUGGUACCUCGGGUUACAGACGCUUCAGGUUACAGACUCCGCUAACCCAGAAAUGGUACCUCGGGUUAAGAACUUUGCUUCAGGAUGAGAACAGAAAUCGUGUGGCGGCGGCAGCGGGAGAGCCCAUUAGCUAAAGUGGUACCUCAGGUUAAGAACAGUUUCAGGUUAAGAACGGACCUGCGGAACGAAUUAAGUUUUUAACCCGAGGUACCACUGUAUGUGCCACGAUUUUAUGCCACCAGUAUAUGCAAACAUCUGGCUUACUUAAGAUAUUUAUUAGAACCUUUAUUCUCAAUAACGAUGAAGCCUGCAGCUGGAGAUUGCUUUGAUUUUUUUAAUGAAUCUUUAUUAUUUGUAAAGGGCAGCUCAGUGGGCUAGAGCGUGGUGAUGAUAACACCAAGGUUGCCAGUUCGAUCCCCAUAUGAGACAGCCGCAUAUUCCUGCAUUGCAUUGCGGGGGGGGGGGGUGUUGGACUGAAUUAUCCUUCCAGCCCUACAAUUCUAUAAUUCUAUAUUUGUAUGAGUUGAUCCUUUAUUCUCCCUUUGGAGCUGCGCUGUAUGUUUGUACUUUUGUCUUUCUGGGCUGUGGCGCUUUAAGGUUUAAAAUCUUUUGAUUGCUUGUCUUUUUUUGCACGUUGUUGUUGUUGUUGUUAGUAAAUCAGUUUAUUAAAAAAGGAACAAGCAGGCACACCCAGUGAGUUUGUGGCUGAGACAGGGUCAAGAUUCGAACCCGGGUCUCCCAGGUGAUUAAUCCGACACGCUCUUUCCCACUGCACCUCCUCCCCACGGCGAGGCUCCUUUUGCGUCUCCAAACACCUGCUUGGGCUGUGAACGGGACGGGGAAAUGGGGCUGCUCGUUUUGCAGGUUGGACAGGGUCCAGCGUGCUGGGUUUCAGAUCCCUAUUCUUAGAAGGCUGCCAUGGGGUUUUUGACGAUGACUGCACAGCCAAGGCUCUGGUUUGACAUAUCCGAGUGUGAAUGAAGCCUGUGGCAUCUUCCAGGAGAGGUGGGGUCGAAACUGGACUGCCGUUUAAGGCCCUAGGAUAUUACUUACACCACCACCACCCACCCACCUUCAGCUGCCCCACCCCUCCAACAGGAUUCAGUAUUUUAAAAAAGGGAAUCUCCUAGACUUAGAACCAAUUCUCCACUUUUGGGACAGGAGCCUUAAUAAUAAUAAUUUUAUUAUUUGCCCCAGCCACUCUGGGUGGCUUCCAGAAUAUGCAAAACCAUAAUAAAACAUUAAACAUUUAAAAAAAAAAAACCUUCCCUAUCCAGGGCUGCCUUCAGACAUCUCCUAAAGGUUGUGCAGUUAUUUAUCUUCUUGGCUCGGGGGUCGCAUAACCCCAUACUCUCCAACAUUUCUUGGAUGAAAAUAGGGACCUUUAGGACCGGUGUUAUAUGAUCCGAGUGGCCGCUCCCAGUCACCAGUCUAGCUGCCACAUUCUGGAUUAGUUGUAAUUUCCGAGUCACUUUCAAAGGUAGCCCCACGGAGAGCACAUUGCAGUAGUCUAAGCGGGAGAUAACCAGAGCAUGGACCACUCUGGCCAGACAGUCUGCGGGCAGGGAGGGUCUCAGAUGGAGCUGGUAGACAGCCGCCCUGGACGCAGAAUUGACCUGCGCCUCCAUGGACAGCUGUGAGUCCAAAAUGACUCCCAGGCGGCACACCUGAUCCUUCAGGGGCACAGUUAUCCCAUUCAGUCCUCCACACCUGCCCACCCUGUGUCCCCCCAAAACAGUAACCUCAGUCCAUUAGCCACCAUCCAUCCUCCAUCCGCCUCCAGACACACACACAGUGGAUCAUGGGUAGGCAAACUAAGGCCCUGGGGCCAGAUCCGGGCCAAUCGCCUUCUAAAUCCGGCCUGCGGACGGUCCGGGAAUCAGCGUGUUUUUACAUGAGUAGAAUGUGUGCUUUUAUUUAAAAUGCACCUAUGGGUUAUUUGUGGGGCAUAGGAAUUCAUUCAUUUCCCCCCCCAAAAAAAUAUAGUCUGGCCCCCCACAAGGUCUGAGGGACCGUGGACUGGCCCCCUGCUGAAAACGUUUGCUGACCCCUGCUUGAGUGGAUCAAUAAAGGCCCCCUUUGCACUAUGCAUUGGAAGCAGCCUUGGAGCACUUUAAAGAGCCAUGUUUCAAUUCCCCGCCCCAAUGAAUCCUGUAUUUUAAGGGUGCUGAGAGCUGUUCAGAGACAGCGCGAGCAAAAGUUUCAGUCCAACUGGGAUUCGCACGGUUCUGGUCGCUUCUGCUUGUUUCGUGACUUUACCUGGUCGGGAUGCUGACGACAGAUCUUUGCCUCGUUCCUCCUGCUGCGUUUAGCAAGGGUUCCUCAGCGACGACAUGGCGACGGGUCCCUGCGAGAUCCUGGAGCGGAGCGAAGAGUCUCCAGAUUCUCUGAAAGAGCCUACAGUCCAGAAGCCAUUGAAGGAGGAGAUAAAAGAAGGUAUUUCAAUGAUAGAAUUGUAGAGUUGGAAGGGACCCUGCAAUGCAGGGAUAGGAGCAUGGCUUAGGGAAUCUAAGCAACUCACGCCCUUUCGGAAGAACAUGUGAAAUAUACUAUGCACGCGUGGGUUCGAAUCCCACCUUCGUCGCCAGUGAAAUAUACUCGGAGUCGAGAGUGAAUUUCAUGCUCUUUAUUCAGCUCAUAGUGGUGAGGAGGAAUGGAAGUUCCCCCAGAAUGUCUGCUUUAUAUACAUUAUUUACACAAUGGGCCUCACGUGAUUGGCUAAUUCCGGGAUUCUCCUGUAAGCCAAUCAGGUUGCGGAUUCACUUCCACCUGGAGUUGGAUUGGGUGGCUCCUGUGGACCAAUCAGACUGCUGCAUUCUGGAUCCUAUUGUUCUAGGACCAAUGAGACUGCUGCAUUCUGGAUCCUAUUGUUCUAGGACCAAUGAGACUGCUGCAUUCUGGAUCCUAUUGUUUUAGGACCAAUCAGACUGCUGCAUUCUGAAUCCUACUGUUCUAGGACCAAUCAGACUGCUGCAUUCUGAAUCCUAUUGUUCUAGGACCAAUCAGACUGCUGCAUUCGGAAUCCUACUGUUCUAGGACCAAUCAGACUGCUGCAUUUGGAAUCCUAUUGUUCUAGGACCAAUCAGACUGCUGCAUUCGGAAUCCUAUUGUUCUAGGACCAAUCAGACUGCUGCAUUCUGGAUCCUACUGUUCUAGGACCAAUCAGACUGCUGCAUUCGGAAUCCUAUUGUUCUAGGACCAAUCAGACUGCUGCAUUCUGGAUCCUACUGUUCUAGGACCAAUCAGACUGCUGCAUUCUGGAUCUUAUUCAACUCAGUACAUAACACCAUGAGAACAGAAGACGAGGCUGCUGAGUGUGGCCAAAGGCCCAUUUUGUCCACCAUCCUGUUCUCUCAGGGGCCCAUUGUGGGAAACCCACAAGCAGUAUCUGGACACGAGAGUCUCUCCCCUCCUGCGAUUUCCAGCACCUGGUGUUCAGGAGCUUUGUUGUGUACAGGUAUUAAAAGAUAAGCCAGCCCCCAAGCUCUUAAUCUCAUGGACAUGACACAAAAGGAAGGAGAGAGGAGGAGGGAAGAAGAAAGCCAAAGUCAGGUCAGUCUCUCUUCACCUGGCCAUGAUCAUCAUCUCCCCCAUCAUCUCAGCACUGGUCCCACCAUUAAGUAAGGUAAAGGGACCCCUGACCAUUAGGUCCAGUCGUGGCCGACUCUGGGGUUGCGACGCUCAUCUCGCUUUAUUGGCCGAGGGAGCCGGCGUACAGCUUCCGGGUCAUGUGGCCAGCAUGACUAAGCCCAGAGCAGCGCACGGAAACGCCGUUUACCUUCCCACUGGAGCGGUACCUAUUUAUCUACUUGCACUGUGUGCUUUCGAACUGCUAGGUGGGCAGGAGCAGGGACCAAGCAACGGGAGCUCACCCCGUCAUUGCGGGGAUUCGAACCGCCGACCUUCUGAUCGGCAAGUCCUAGGCUCUGUGGUUUAACCCACAGCGCCACCCGCGUCCCUAAUAUUAUUAUUAUUAUUAUUAUUAUUUGCACACCACUUGGAGGUUUUACUUACGAUCAAGAAGCAAAAGGUAGAUUUUGAUAACAAAACCAUAAGGACUAGAAUCAUGGGGUCGGCUUGAAAAUUAAACUGAACUUUGAAAAUUAAACUGAAGUGAUGCUAAUUGGUGUGUGUUUCUUUAACAGAUGCCGCAAUACCAGUAAGUAAAGAAGAGAUCAACAGCACCCCAAAUGUAAGUAUGACGGUGUGUGGCAAUGCUUUAAGACCCUUGCUUCCCAAGUCCUCUCUCGGCUCACAUCCACACCUCACAUUUCUGCCGCUUUAACAGUUGCGACUUAAAUAAAAUUUUAUUAUUACUUUAGAAUGUUGUAUCAUUUUAAUGUUGUUAGCUGCUCUGAGCCCGGCUUUGGCUGGGGAGGGCGGGAUAUACCGUAAAUAAAAUUUUAUUAUUAUUAUUAUUAUUCCCCCAAAGGAUCCCGGGAACUGUAGUUUUGUUUUUUGUUUUUAAUUUUUGUUUUUAAUUUUUCUUUUUCAUUCAUUACAUACAUCUUAACUUCUUAACAUUUACUAUAUGUUCCUCCCUCCCUCCGCUCCAGUGCUUCCCCCAUCUUCUGCUUCUGGUUUGUUUAUCUUUUCACCCACUUUGCUAUCUCUCAACAGAAAAAGUUGUUAAUAACAUAACAUCAAACCUAAAAACAUAAAAAAUAAAAUUAAACACACCAUCCCAUUUCACUAUCUUCUAAGCAUUUUCUGAUGCGGAUAAUGUGGAUGUUUAUUUAAAUCCUGCCAUCAAGUCUAUUGACUUUCUUUGUUUCUGCCAAUAUAAUAGGAAUGGUUCCCAAUCUUUUUCAAAGUCUUUGUUGUCUUUUUCUCUUAGUCUGUCUGCCGUUUUUUGCCAGUUCUGCAUAGUUCAUCAACUUCUCUUGCCAUUGUUCUUUAGUUGGGAUUUCUCCAGUCUUCCAAUUUUGUGCAAUCAACAUUCUUGCUGCUGUAGUGGCAUACAUAAAUAAAGUCCUCAUUUCUUUUGGUAUAUCUUGACUUAAAAUACCUAAUAAAAAGGCUUCUGGGUGUUGUUUUUUUACAAAAGUUAGGAACUAUAUUUUGUUACGGGUGCUGAGAGUUGUUAGGUUAGCCCGCUAUUCCCCUCAGAGAGCUACAAUUCCCAGAGAGGUUUAACAAUCAGUCCCUCUUCCCAGGGAAUUCUGGGAAUUGUAGCUGUUGUGGGGAUAUAGGAGUCUCCUGACAACUCUCAGAACCCUUUUCAAACUACAGUUCCCAGAAUUCUUUGGGUGACAUCACAACUGUUAAAAGCAGCAGAAUAAUGUCAUGUGUGGCCCAGAUAUGUGCUUGGGUCUGGCUCUCUUGGGACAGAACUUAGUCCCAACUGAGUUCUGCUCAGAGAAGACCCAUUGAAAUGAAUUUUUAAAAACCUUCAGGGUUUUUUAAAACGUAAUUUGGAAAUGUUUGUAAUAUUGAGCAGCAAUAGUGAAACAUCAGGCAGUGGGGCGGGAAGUCAACUUUUAAAUUUCCAUUAAUUUGGUGUUAAUUUGUUUAUUUUUUAAAGCAUGAUCUCUCCUUGCGGGGGACGGAAGGGAUUCUUUUUCUCGUUACCAUCAUCAUUUCAUUUAUUAAUUGCUUCCUACGAACCCCCUCAAAGAGAUUCACAGCACCAACUUCACAGGAAGCAAUUAAUAGAUGGAAUAAUGAUGAUAAUAAUGAGAAAACAGAAUCCCUCCUGUCCCUCGAGAGGAGAGACUGGCGCUUGGCAGCGUGUCCCAACAUCGUUCCUGCGUGAGCUCACCAGUCUCUGCCUAAGGACAAGCUGUCCUGCUGGGCAGCUCAGGCAGCCGGUUUGUGGCUGAGCUGAUUUUUGUCCUCCCUCCUCCCUCCUUGCAGCUGUUCCUGGGAUACAGUAAGAUUCUAGUCCUCAAGGAACCGGCUUGAAGUAGGAAACUAAUAAACGAAAAUCUGCCCUUAUUCCCUUAUGGGGGACACAAGAGCCCUUAUAGAGUCCUUUGCAGGUUCUCCAUCAGUCGGAGAAAAUAACAGAGGCCAACCAGAGAAUACUGAGAAGCAAAGCAGCUAGUAAGCCUGGUCUUUAUUGAUCUGUUGCAACAGGGUGACCCCUUCACACGCAGGAAAGGAGGAGGACCCAGAACAAAGGUGUGUCCACCCUUAUAUAGAUAUUUUAAAUUGCCCACCCUGGAGUCCAAGACCACCCCCAGACACAUCAUACCUGCAUCACAGAAAGGGCGGUUUGCAGCAGAAAUCUGAGUGCGUUGUUUACCUCCUGUCUGGCAGGUUAAUGCUUACUUGAUUGGUUACCCUGGGGAGCCUGGCCAGGCUUUUAUAAUGACAAAUACUUAGUUCCUGAGCCAGGUCAUAGGCUCACCCUAUUCAAACACAGACAUACCCUUAAGACAGGAUAUGUGAAGGAAAAGACAACGGGGAGGCUUUUCCAUUUUCCUUGACCUUGCAGAGAAGUCAUUUCGUCAGUUUGGGAGUCAAAAUGGUUUCAGGGCUGUUUCCCUGUGCUGCUUCAGACAUGUGGUUUAUAUAUUUAUGUACAUGUUUGCUUGGUACAUUUAUGAACAUUUAUGAUAUAUAAGACCUUAAUUAUUUUAUUUCGAAACCAAGAAAGCUGCCUUGUGCCAGCUCUGAAUGCAAAUGAUGUGCAUUCCCAAUUAGCUACAGCCCUUUCCCCAAACUCUCGGUAGCUCAGCUGAUAAGAGCAUGAAACUCUUAAUCUUCGGGUGGUGGGUUCAAGUCCCAUAUGAGGCAAAAUAUUGCUGCAUUACGGGGUUGGACUAGAUGAUCAUCAGGGUCCCUUCCUGCUCAAUGAGUCUGUGAUAUCAUUCGUCAACCCUGUAUAACGCACACAGAAGCCUGGUGGAGCAGGCCUCUGAUCUCUCUAGUCUAGCAUCCUAGGAAGCCCAAAAGCAAGAACCAAGAGUAUGCAGAAAUAGCAAGGCUAACUGCAAGAAUCCGACAGCAGGAUGAUGGAGAAAUUCCAGAAAGAAUGGUCCUAAUUUAUGGUAUACUUAGAGAAAACUGUGAGGGACGCGGGUGGCGCUGUGGGUUAAACCACAGAGCCUAGGGCUUGCCGAUCAGAAGGUUGGCGGUUCGAAUCCCUGCGACGGGGUGAGCUUCCAUUGCUGGGUCCCUGCUCCUGCCCACCUAGCAGUUUGAAAGCACAUCAAAGUGCCAGUAGAUAAAUAGGUACCGCUCUGGCGGGAAGGUAAACGGUGUUUCCGUGCGCUGCUCUGGUUCGCCAGAAGCGGCUUAGUCAUGCUGGCCACAUGACCCGGAAGCUGUACGCCGGCUCCCUCGGCCAGUAAAGCGAGAUGAGCGCCACAACCCCAGAGUUGGUCAUGACUGGACCUAAUGGUCAGGGGCCCCUUUACCCUUUACCUAACUGCAAGAAUCCGAUAGCAGGAUGAUGCCGAGAGAUUCCAAAAAGAAUGGUCCAAAUUUAUGGUAUGCUUAGAGAAAACCGUACAUAAAUAAAGACACUCACAGGACUGAAAUAAAACUCGUAACGUUUAUUGUAAACAUUUGGUUAGACCACAAGAUGUAAUGCUGUAAUAUAAUAAGGAAUGUAUGUCUAAAGUAUGAUACAAAAAUUUAUUAAGGAAUUAGAGACAUUUAUAGAAUGUAUAUAUAGUAAUCACGGUUAAGAAAGAGCAAUGUAGAGAAGCCAGAAGACGGGUGGAGGGAAGUUAAUUCAGAUAAGAUAUAGGUUGAAAGGAGAAUAAUAUUGUUAAGCUGUAUUGUGCUUAAGAUAUUUGGAAAAAAUUAAUAUUAUUGGGGGGGGGACAAAAGCAAGAAUCAAACAGAAGAGCAUUCUCCUGUGUGUGUGUGUGUGUGUGUGUGUGUGUGUGUGUGUGUGUGUUAAGACAACCAAAUUCCCGCUCCCCAAGUUGCACAACCCACAGUGCAGAUCAUCUUAUCUGAGGCAGGCUGAAAACAGCAGCCAAGGACCCUGAAAUUCCAAUCAAACGGACACACACACACAAAGGCUGCUAUUGUGUAAUUUGUUCUACAGAGCCGUGAACCUUCAUAACAGCAUCCUUGAAAUUGAAAGGAGAUUGCUCUGGAUCUUCUCCCCAAGUCCCGCCUGGAAAUCUCUCUCUGCCUUUUAGCAGCACGAGGCAUCGACAAACACUUCAAAGCGCCAGAAAUUGUUAUCCCUGUAUUGAGAUGCAGUGGUUGGUUUAGAGAUGGGGAGAGCAGGAUUCGAAUCCCACCACCCCCAUGCUCAUCCAUUUGCUUGUGGGCCUUGGGCCACUCAUCUUAACCUACCUUGCAGGGGCGUUGUGAAGAUAAAAUGGGGGGGGGGAGAGAGAACCAUGUGGGAGUCAGAAAACAGCAACGCCUGGAGGGAGACAGGUUUCCCCAUCCCUGAUGGAAGAAGAAGAAGCAUUGCCCUCUCUGGAGAGAAGGCCUCUUUGGAAUAGAGGCAUUGUUCCAUUUCCUCCAUGCAGCAGAGAAAUGCUACUUCCUAGAUCAGGAAUGGAUGGGAUGCAGGUGGCGCUGUGGGUUAAACCACGGAGCCUAGGGCUUGCUGAUCAGAAGGUCGGCGGUUCGAAUCCCUGCAACGAGGUGAGCUCCCGUUGCUCGGUCCCAGCUCCUGCCAACCUAGCAGUUCGAAAGCACGUCAAAGUGCAAGUAGAUAAAUAGGUACCGCUCCGGCGGGAAGGUAAACGGCGUUUCCGUGCGCUGCUCUGGUUCGCCAGAAGCGGCUUAGUCAUGCUGGCUACAUGACCCGGAAGCUGUACGCAGGCUCCUUUGGCCAAUAAAGCGAGAUGAGUGCUGCAACCCCAGAGUUGGCCAUGACUGGACGUAAUGGUCAGGGGCCCCUUAACCUUUACCUAGAUCAGGAAUGGGGGGCUCCUGUGCCCCCCCCCCAGUUGCCUAACAUGGGAUGCAACUAUUGAAAAUAAUGAAGAGUCAUACGCAUUGAUUUCUGUGGAAGAAAGCAGCUUACUGCUGUGUCCAAUUCUGGGCAUCACAAUUUAAAAAAGAUGUUGACCAAGCCGAAAGGUGUGCAGAGGAGGGAGACCAAGAUGAUUAAUGAAAGCAAGCCUUGUGAGGAACGGUUGAAGGAGCUGGGUGUGUUCAGCCUGAAAAAGAGGAGACUGAGAGGAGAUAGGAUAGCCAUCUUCCAGUAUCUCAAGGGCUGUAACAUGGAGGAUGGAGCAAGCUUGUUUUCUCCUGCUCCAGAGGGUAGGACUCGAACCCAUGGCUUCAAGUUACAAGAAAGGAGAUUCUGACUAAACAAAAAUUUCUGGCGGUAAGAGCUGUUUGGCAGUGAAAAGGAGGUGGUAGAUCUUUCCUUGGAGGUUUUUAAGCAGAAGCUGGGUGACCAUCUGCCAUGGAUGGUUUAGCUGAGAUUCCUGCAUUGCAGGGGGUUGGGCUGGAUGACCUUUGGGGUCCCUUCCAACUCUAUGAUUCUAUGAGCCCAUUGUAUGUAUUAUUUUAGAAAACUGCUUGGAGGACGUCUUCAGUGUUCAGAUGAAAUAAACCACUGGAAUUCCUCCCACUUCAGGGUAUAGAGAGGAAAGAUGUAGACAGGCUUCACGUGGUCGAGCAAGACCUCGAUGAGUUCGUGGACAGCAUCGGAGAAGCAGCUUCCUCCACGCUUCCCGAGCCGUCGCUGGAAGUGGAGGAGCCCCCGGCUCCCGAGAAGGUCCCCGCAAAACAGCCCCGAGCCGAGCAAGUGGCGGAAAAAGUCCUGCGGGCUGAAAGGGUGGUGGAGAGGGCGCCCCGAGCAGAAAAAACCUCCGGGAUGGAUAAGGUGGCUGAGAAGGUUCCCCGAGCGGAAAAGGCGCCCCGUGUUGAGAAGGCGGCACGGGCAGAGAAGCCGGCAGAGAAAGUGCGGCCUGCAGCUCCAGCAGGUAUGCGGUUUCCUUGGGGCCGGAUGCACGCGUGACGACAGCAUUGCUUCCUACUUGUAUAGGCAGAAAUUGCAGGGAUUUGGGGGCUGGAUUUGGGUCAAGGCCAGGGGGCAGGAGGGUGGGUUUCCAACCUUCACUUUAGCAGCUUCCUUAGACCGAGUCGGACCAUUAUUCCAUAUAGCUCAGGGCUGUCUACACGGACUGGCAGCAGCUGUCCUGGGUUUCAGACAAUGGAAUCUUUCUGAGCCCAACCUGGAGAUUUUGGGACUUUCUGCAUGGGUUUAUGGUCCUUUCCUUCAUGGUCCUGAGCUGAUUUAAACUCGGAAGCCUCUCUCCAGGAUAUCAGACAGGGGGCAUUCCCAGCCUUACUGGGAGACACUGAGGAUUGAACCCAGGACACUCUGCAUUCAGAGCAGCUGUUCUACUCCUGCGUUGUGGCCUUUUUCUUAAAACUACAGUAAGGGCUAGUCCUCAAGGUCCUUUCCUCCUUGUAGCAUGUGUGUGUGCCUGUCCAGACAGCUUUCUUGGUUUGGAGGGCGGGGAACAACUAAGAGGGAUGGGGAACAAGGGAGAUGAGCAACAGGGAACACAAACAAGGCGACACUUGUGCUCAUUAGGGCUGGGUAAUAUAUCAAUAUAAGGGACGUGGGUGGCGCUGUGGGUUAAACCACAGAGCCUAGGACUUGCCGAUCAGAAGGUUGGCGGUUCGAAUCCCCGCUACGGGGUGAGCUCCCGUUGCUCAGUCCCAGCUCCUGCCCACCUAGCAGUUCAAAAGCACGUCAAAGUGCAAGUAGAUAAAUAGGUACCGCUCUGGCGGGAAGGUAAACGGCGUUUCCGUGUGCUGCUCUGGUUCGCCUGGCAAAAUAUCGCAAAUCAUGAUGUGUGUCUUAAUACUGAAUGUCCCCCAUGAUGGACCCACCAAAAACAGCCUUUGGGUCCCAGCAGGCUGGUCAAGGUGCCCCACUCUCUCCCUCUCUCUGUUCUCUCCUGGAAGCCACAAAGACCCUCCCGGCUAAGAGGAAAGCAGAGGCCCGCACUGCAGGGCCAACAAAGGACACGCUCCCUUGGGAGGGCCUGACCCUGAACAAAUGCCUCGUGGUCGCCUCCUGCCUCGCCCUCCUCAGCGUCAGCUGCCAGGUGGUUCAAGGUAAGGGAGAAGAAUGUUUCAGGAUGUGACCAGCUGCUUACUGGAACAGAGAAUCGUGGAAUUGUAGAGUUGGAAGGCACUGUGAGGAUCAUCUAGUCCAGCAGUUCUCAACCUUGGGUCCCCAGAUGUUGUUGGACUACAACUCCCAUCAUCCCUGAGCUCUGGCCUUGCUAGCUAGGGGUGAUGGGAGUUGUAGUUCAACAACAUAUGGGGACCCGCAGGUUGAGAAAGCCUGAUCUAGCCCAUGGGUAGGCAAACUAAGGCCCAGGGGCUGGAUCUGGCCCAAUUGCCUUCUCAAUCCCGCCCGUGUAUGGUUUGGGAAUCAGUGUGUUUUUACGUGAGUAGAAUGUGUGCUUUUAUUCAAAAUGCACCUCUGGGUUAUUUGUGGGGCAUAGGAAUUUGUUCCUUCUUUUUUUUCUUCAAAAUAUAGUCUGGCCCCCCACAAGGUCUGAGGGAUGGUGGACUGGCCCCCUGCUGAAAAAGUUUGCUGACCCCUGAAUUCUAGUCCAACCCCCUGCAAGGGAGGAAUAGGCAGCUGUUCCAGGCAGGGAUCGAACCUGCAGCCUUGGCGUUAUCAGCACCACGCUCCAACCAGCUGAGCUAUCCACUUGGGUAGUGGGGUCCUUCUGUUCAGGGACCCCCCUUUUGCAAUUAGGAAAACCCCACAUUUAUUGAGUGGGACGCAGGAGUAAAAGGGCUCGGGUUCCUAUCCAAGUUGCAGCCAAACCACAAGUUUCUAGUCCUCGUGGUUCAAAAAAAAAAAAAGCACUGCACAAAUUCUGCCUUGUACCUGAUGUUAGUCACAUUCAGAGUAUGAUUAGAGUGUGGUGCUGAUAAUGCCUAGGUUGCAGGUUUGAUCCCUGCAAGGGACAGCUGCAUAUUCUUGCAUUGCAGGGGGUUGGACUGGAUGAUCCUCAGGGGUCCCUUCCAACUCUAUGAUUCUAUUAUUCUAUUCUACCUCAGAUCAGUGGUUCACAGAGUGGGUGGUACUGUCCCCUGGGUGGGGGAUGUUGGGAUUACCUAUGGGGGAGCUAAGAAGCGAAAGCACAUCAAGGGGGCACUGGAUAGCGUUGCCAUAUUUCAGAAAGUGAAAAUCUGGACACAAAUCCAUUCCGAAUAACACUUUUACAGUCAUACCUCGGGUUACAGCUGCUUCAGGUUGCGUUUUUUCGGGUUACGGACCGCUGAAACAUAGAAGUACUGGAACGGGUUACUUCCGGGUUUCGGCGGUCGCGCAUGCACAGAAGUGCUAAAUAGCGCAGUUUGCGAACACUGCGGGUUGUGAACAUGCAUCCCACACGGAUCACGUUCGCAACCCGAACAUCCAUUGUAUAAGGUAGCAGGCUCUGGGGAUUAAUUUUGUUCGAGGCAAAGAAGUGGUUUGGGAACCACUGUCUCAGAGCUAUUAAUUUCGGGAGGGAGGGGGUGCUACUCUGAGUAGAACUUGUUCCAGGUGUCUGCCUUGCUUGGCCAGUCAAAAUCAGAAGGCUCUUCUUCUGCAGAGGAUUCCCUCCAGGCAGUGUUCGAAAUUAGCCAGGCGCCAGGCGCGUUUUGCACCUGGAUAUCAACUACUUGCGACCAAGUGAAGAUUCCUGGGUGCCAGGAUGGUGCCUGACGUCUCCACCAUCUGGGGAUCCUUGGAUCUGGUCUGUUUUCACACACUAAGGUCCCUUCCUGUAGAAUUCAAUCCGUUAUAUUUUAUCCCCACAAUCAGAACGAAUUUCUGGAACCAAAAUGCUUUUUCAGUGCAGCCUGAACAGGAGCAGUGAACAACAUCAUAGUGAAUUGUUGUCACUUGUCUUGGCUUCCCCCACUGCCCUGCUGAGAGUUGGGAAGAAUAUUCCUGUGUUAUGAAUGGUCUGUGUCACCAUUAAGAAAAAGAGGUUGGAAUAGGCCAGUAUACCGUAUUUUUCACUCUAUAGGACGCACCUUUUCCCCUCCAAAAAUUAAGGGGAAAUGUGUGUGCGUCUUAUGGAGCGAAUGCAGGCUCCUUGGCUUCAGCGAUAGCAACGCGAAGCCUCCGAAGCGCAGAGGGAGCGCUCCCUCCGCGCUCCGGAGGCUUCGUGUCGCUUUUGCUGAAGCCUGGAGAGCGAGAGGCGUCGGUGCGCACCGACCCCUCUCGCUCUCCAGGCUUCAGGGAGAGCCCCCUGAAGCCUUCCAAGCGCAGCGCGAAUUCCCGCUGCGUUCUGGAGGCUUCAGGUUCCUUUCGCUGAAGCCAGGAGAGUCUUGCUCUCCCGGCUUCAGCAAAAGGAACCCGAAGCCUGAGGAGCGCAGCGGGAACUUGCGCUGUGCUCAGAAGGCUUCAGGGAUAGCCGCGCAGCCCCUCCAGCAGGGAGAGGCUGCACACGGCUAUGGCCUCUUUAGCCCCACGCAGCCUCUCCCAGCUGGAGGGGUUGCGCAGCUAAAGAGGAAGCCAAAACAGCAAGCGGGAUCCAUCCCGCUCGCUGUCUUGGCUUGUGCCAUAGCCGUGCACAACCCCUCCGGCAGGGAGAGGUUGCACGCAGCCUGUAUGCUGCUCUUUGGGGCUGGGGGGGAAAUAAGAUUUUUUUCUUGAUUUCCCCCUCUAAAAACUAGGUGCGCCCUAUGGUCCGGUGCACCCUAUGGAGCGAAAAAUACGGUAUAUGGGAACUGGAUAAAGUGACUUUUCUUCUUUUAAGUUCUCAGAGCUCUUAACUGAGCUCAAGGUUGUCCUCUGAACUGAGAAUCAAUCACAGUCAGUCCAUCGUUUGAAAAAUAAGACUUUGCCCCUAAAGGGCAAGUAGACAUUCCGUUUUGGCGACUGUAACCCUGGUUCAAGGAGUCAUUUGGCACCUAGGUUAUAUCUGUGUUUCUAACACUGCCUCUGGGUCCAUGAAGGCUGGAGCAUGGAGCUCAGUGGGAGAUGUUGCUUCAGCAAGGAAGCAACUCACAGUAGGAUCUGCAAGCAUCACUCCUUCCUGGCUCUCAGCCUGGCCCUGAUCCAAGCAGGCCUGAUCUACACCCUUCUCUGAGUAGCUUCCCACAGGCCCAUGGGUGGCAGCUCUCAAACUCUCACCCAGCUCCACCUGCCAACCACAAUCAGUGGGUUCUUCCUGCUGUUGUCUCUGGCGCCACCUGCUGUCAGGCUCCCUGCCUUCCCUCCAACCAGUCCCAAAGUGCACCAGCCGCCACUGGCUAGGAUCAGUCUCCAUUUCCCCCUAAUUCAGGAAGACUGGUGCUUGGGGCUAAAAGGGAGUUGUUGCUUCAGCUGUGAAGCAGCUCGGACUAGGAUCUCAGAGAUGGAGGAUGCGGAUGAUUCCUAGAUUUGCAACAUUCGCAAAAAAAGUGCACCUACUUUUUGGUAUUGGAGCACAUCGAACGUCGCCUCUCCUUUCCCACAGACAUUGUCGACUACGGUGGGGAAAUCCUCGAGGCCGAGCUCAGCGCUUGGACAUCUCAAGAUGGCAGCGUUGGGGAAGCGGUGAGUCGAGAUGACAAAUGGGUGGGUGGAAAGCAGGAAAAUAUGCCCAAUUCCAGCAAAGUAGGUUGUGUCCAUCCACGGUGGAGGAUGCUGAAUUGGGCCCCACCCACUGCAAUCUGCCCUCGGCCAGCCCCCACCUUGCUACUUCUAAGGAGAAUGCUUCAUCAUGGAGCGGGGCGUGCGAAAAGCUGAUGCCCUCCAGAUUUAAGUUUAUUUUGUUGCUGCUGCUGUUGUUCUGAUGUUUUAUUGUGCUUUUAAUUCUGUUGGGAGCUGCCCAGAGUGGCUGGGGAAACCCAGCCAGAUGAGUGGGGUAAUAAUAAUAAUAAUAAUAGUAAUAGUAAUAGUAAUAAUAAUAAUAAUUGCUGGCAUCUGGGGGUGGUCAAACUGCUGUGACAGCAGCACUGAAGUGCCCUCCCUGGGGCACAAUCCUGGGCAGUGUGUCUGGGGGUCCUGGGCUGCCCAGACGACAAGACCCCCCCUCUUUGCCUCGUUGAUGGCAUCCAAAGGAAAUCAGAGCAAGAGCUUUGGCACCAGCUUGGCUGCAGGAGUUGCUGGAAGUAGGCGGACAAGGCAUCACCCAGCUGCCUUAGGGACUCCCCUCAAGAUUUGUGUAGGGUUCACUCCUGACCCUUUUCCUCUCCCAAAGAUGGCCCACAAGGCAUUUACGCAUCUCUUCAUAUAACAAAUGCAUUUAUUUAACAAAUGUAUAGACUACUGUGUGGCCUCAAGCCGCUAAAGCAGUAUUCAAGGCAGAAUAAUAGCUUUUUCUUAGACUUGUCUCCCUCCAAAUAUUGCUGGACGCCCACCAGUGAUGGGAGUUGUGGGCCCGCAAUGUCCGGAGGCUGUUUUUGGUGACACCCCUUGUGUUUGUUUCUGUGUUUUCUUCCCAUUCCAGGAAGAACUCUGGUUUUACGAGAGGUGGCUGAACUGGUCGGACAUGGACGAACCACCUGACAUCGAGGAGGAGGAGGAGGAGGAGGAGGAAGAGGAAAGCCUUGAAGUCGAAGAGGAGGAGCCCACUGAAGAGGAGGAGGAGGAGCCAGAGGAAGAGGAGGAGGAGCCAGAGGAGGAGGAGCUAGAGGAGGGAGGGGGAGGAGCUAAAGUCAAGCAGAGGAAAAGGCCAGAAAAAGUGACCCGAAGAGAGAGGGUCUCCAAGGAGAAGACCCAGAAAGGUCGCAAGGACCUAGAGGAAGAGGAAGAGGAGGAGGAGGAAGAGGAGGAGGAGCCUGUUCGCAGCAAGCGGCCUCUGCGAGAGGGGAAGCGGAAAGAGCAGCGCGAGGAGAGGAGGAGCCGACAGCCCAAACCCGAAGCCAAGGCUCACAAGCAAGAGGAAGGGAAGGGGCGCCCCAAGGACGGGCGCGACCGCGGGAAAGAGCGGGACCAUAAGGCCCACCUCCACGAGCAGAGAGGCCGGAAGCCCUUGCGGGUGCAGCGCCCGCUCUUCCCCCUGCAGAAGCCUGCCAGGCGGCACGACUGA